AGCAUCGCUGUCCUGCGUUUGAUCGCCAGUCAAACAUUAGUGACCAUAGGUGACGCACCUCUAUCUUUACGUGUGUUUAUUUAUUUAUUUUACGCGCUAUUUUUGAAAUUAAGUAAAUUGUAGAAAUAUUUUUUUUUAAGUUUUUUUUGUAAAUUGUGUUACUUAAAUCGAUUUUUGUGUAUUUUUUUUUCUUUUUUGGAGAUUUAAUAUUUUUGCCACCAUGGUCCCGCGGCCGGUAUCCCCGGGCCCCGCCGAGCCCCUGCUACCGCGCUUCUACGCGGGACGCUCCAUCCUCAUCACAGGAGCCACCGGCUUCAUGGGGAAGGUCCUGGUCGAGCGACUGCUAUCCACGUGCCCGGAGGUGGGGAGGCUGCACCUGCUCAUGCGAGACAAGAAGGGCCACUCCCCUCACAAGAGACUGGCGCAACUCAAGCAGUCCCAGGUAUUUGACAACGUACGAGCUCGUGACCCGCGUCAGCUGGAGAAGUUGUGUGUGGUCUCCGGAGAUGUCUCCAAGCCGCAGCUUGGCAUGGAGGCGGACGGCAUGGCACAGCUUAAAGAGGUGUCCAUAGUCUUCCACUCGGCUGCUACUCUGAAGUUCGACGAGCCACUCCGAGUGGCGAUGGAACAAAAUGUUCGCUCGGUGGAGCGACUGCUCGAGAUAUGCGAUAAACUGCCUAAUAUACAGGCGUUCAUCCACGUGUCGACGGCCUACAGCAACGCGGAGCUGACUCGCGUGGAGGAGCGAGUGUACGCCCCCCCCGUACCCCUCGCCCAGGCCCUCACCGUCGCCGACAGCGUGCCCGAACACCUCCUCGCUACCAUCAACGCCCAGUACAUAGCUCCGAAGCCCAACACGUACACGUUCACGAAGGCACUGGCCGAGACCGUGGUGGAGGAACACGGCAACAGGGGGUAUCCUGUCGCCAUCUUCAGACCUAGCAUCGUGAUCUCUUCCCUCCGGCACCCUUUCCCCGGCUGGAUAGAGAACCUGAACGGUCCGUCGGGCGUCGUCGUAGGCGCCGGUAAGGGUCUGCUCCAUGUGUUCUGCUGCCGAAGCCGCGCUGGUGCCGACAUGUUACCUGUUGACAUCGCUAUAGACACGCUGCUGGCUGUCGCCUGGGAGACUGCUGUGGAUCGCCUGGAACAUGUGAGGGUUUACAACUGCAGUACCUGUGAGAACCCCACCACGUGGGGGGACUUCGAGGACGCGCUGCGUAAGAAUCUACGGGGUCAUCCGCUCGAUAACACCUUCUGGUACCCCAGCGGGUACAGCGUCGAGAACAAAGUCACACAAAAAGCGAUGGAAACUCUACUGCAAACUCUCCCCCUCCACAUCGCCGAGUAUGUCACCAAACUGCUAAGAAUUAAAACAAGAAUGAGUCUGAUAACUGUCAGUCAGCGUCUAAAAGCUAUGAAUGAAGUGCUAAGAUUCUUCUCCGUGCGUGAAUGGCACUUUGAGACGAACAACGUGAAGAGGUUACAGGCGAGGUUAACGCCCCAGGACGCCGCCAUUUAUAAUCUAGAUCCUCAAACUAUCAAUUGGGAUGAUCACUACGAGAAUUUUGUAAAAGGAACGAGAAAGUACCUGUUGAAGGAAAAAGACCAAGACAUCCAGGAAGCGAGAAAACACUUGCGCAAAAUGUACUACGUCCACUACGGUUUCCUGUUCUUCGUGGUGACGUUGAUCUGCAGGCUGAUGCUUCAGAACCACUACAUCAGAACCCUCGUGUUCAGAACAUUCAAGCUGCUGCUCACAGUCAUCGGCUCAGUCUUCAUGCGCAUACAGAGCUGAGAUCCUGUUCAAGUACAAUAAAUAACAUGUUAACGUAUAAAGCAACAUCCUGUGAAAGACACGAAUUUGAAACAUCAAAAGUGGUAUGUGCUGUCAGAAUAAUGUAAUUAACGUGAAAUAUUUUGAGAAAUGAUCUUCUUAUAUAUUUUUUUAAUUUUGUGAGAUAAAUUAAACUUUAGGAAAGGUAAAUCAUCAACGCAAAGCGAUCCGAAGCGCAAAACGUCACGUUAGCUACUUUAGAGAAAAUCGCUCACGGAACUGUGGGAAAAAGCUAGUUUUAAUAACAAUAAAUAUACAGUUUGUGUAUCGGCGGAUGUACAUUGUUAUGUAUUAUAAUUAUUUACAUAAGGUUUUGUAUUAUAUUAAUAACCUAGAUGGAUAUUACGGUUUUUAAUAAUAAUAUCACACAGCUGACAGCACACAAUUAGUUGUCAAUAAAUCACCUCGUAAUGUACAUAGCUGAAACAAUUUACAAUGCAAUACAAUAUGAUUGUGAACAUGAAAAAAAAUUGGUGAUCAGUGACACUACAAAUAGUUUAAUCGCGAUUCAGACAUUACUUAUGACAAAAUCUGGAAAAUCGCAGAUCAUGGUUUCCUGACAGAUAUGUUAAACUACUGGUUGGUAUUUCCAUGUACUUUAAAAUUAGUAUAAAUAACUAGCUUCUGCCAGCGACUUCGUCCGCGUUAGAUUCGGACUUUGUGUAAAGAGAGGAAGAAAUAAUAAACACCAGCCUAUCCAAUUAUCUUAAUCUAUGCGUACCUAACGUAUAAAAUGUAAACUAUUAAUAAUUUGUUAUUGAACGAAUAUUUAAACACUACCAAAAUAACUAAUACUUACCUAUUUUAUAAAAUAGCACAAAAGAAACUUAAAAAUAAAUUGUUUAAAGUCUAGCUGCAAGUUUUGUUAGGUCAAUUAUUGUCGGUCAAUAAGGUUGAACACUCUGAACGUCUAUUCGCAUCAAUCGCAUAAACAGCCAAAUAAUGCAUUAUUUGAAGCUCGCGCAGCCACCGCGCCGCGAGCCGCGUCGAGCGCGGCGACCGUUGCACAAAAAUGAUCCUUACAGCAUGAUUCAGUAUUCACGCGCGAUGUCUUAUUACCGUCUCUUAUGUAUAACUUUGGUGUUUCUUUACCGAUUUAUAUGACUCUUUUUUUAUUGAAUAGGUAAGAAUGUUAACUUUUUUUGUUUAGUGUGAUUGAGAGUGUCAGAAACGUAAUAGUAAAGCAAUAUAAUUAGAAAGCCAAGAACUGCUAAACUAUCGACAGUUACACAUGUUAUUGUGAGUCAACCAUCAAAGAUAGACAUAUGCUGCCAAGGGAUAUUUUUUACAUAAUUUUAAGGAGAAUAUUUCCAUCAUACAUGGUUUCUGUGUAGCUUAAACCAUUAAGGCUGGACACGCGACGGAAGCUUAAAAAAUGGAGUAACUUCGCCCGUUUUCCCAACUUUUUCCUUCACUGCUCAGCUCCUAUUGAUCGUAGCGUGAUGCAAAGUAUCCUAUAACCUGCCCAGGAGUAUGAAAAAUAAGUGUACCAAGUUUCGUUAAAAUCCGUCAAGUAGUUUUUAUUUCCAUAACGAACAGACAGACAGACAGACAGACAGACAAAAAUUUUACUGAUUGCAUUUUCGGCAUCAGUAUCGAUCACUUAUCAACUCCUGAUAGUUUUUUUGGAAAUAUAUUCAAUGUACAGAAUUAACCUCUCUACAGAUUUAUUAUAAGUAUAGAUAAAAUGUAGUAUAAGUUUCUAUACAUAAUAGUUAUUUUUAUGAGAAAAUUGCUCAAAUUGUGUUACAUUAUAUUUAGUAAAAUAAUAAAUGUUUUUACUUGUAGCCUUGUUGGUAUUACAAACUAUGUUUGUCUAUGUAUAGAAGUAUUUACGGGUAAAGGUUACGCGCAAGUAGGUCAGUUGUUUUAAGAUAUUAUUUUGAAAUGUAUUUCAUUUGCCACUUCUUCGUGCUUUGGUAAAAGGUAUGAUGACAAUCAAUGUUUUUUAAGGAAAUUAUAUUUUGUAUGAAAAACA